CCCUGCUCCAGGUGCUGUGGCGGGUCCACGUCGCCCGGCGGUCCGCAGCUUCCGCGAGCCCGGGCCGCCCCCAGCGUCCGAGCGCCGGCCCUUCGGCUCCCGCGCGGCCAUGGCGGGGCCGGGCCCGGGCCAGGGGGACCCGGACGAGCAGUACGAUUUCCUGUUCAAGCUGGUGCUGGUGGGCGACGCGAGCGUGGGCAAGACGUGCGUGGUGCAGCGCUUCAAGACCGGCGCCUUCUCCGAGCGCCAGGGCAGCACCAUCGGCGUCGACUUCACCAUGAAGACGCUGGAGGUCCAGGGCAAGCGGGUCAAGCUGCAGAUCUGGGACACAGCUGGCCAGGAGCGAUUCCGCACCAUCACCCAGAGCUACUACCGCAGCGCCAACGGGGCCAUCCUCGCGUACGACAUCACCAAGAGGAGCUCCUUCCUGUCGGUGCCACACUGGAUCGAGGACGUGAGGAAGUACGCGGGCUCCAACAUUGUGCAGCUGCUGAUCGGGAACAAGUCGGACCUGGGCGCGCUCCGGGAGGUCCCGCUGGCCGAGGCGCAGAGCCUGGCAGAGCGCUACGACAUCCUGUGCGCCAUCGAGACGUCGGCCAAGGACUCGAGCAACGUGGAGGAGGCCUUCGUGCGGGUGGCCACGGAGCUGGUCGUGCGGCACGGCGGCCCCCUGCUCAGCGACAAGGGCACCGACCACAUCCAGCUGGACACCAAGGACGUCGGGGAGAGCUGGGGCUGCGGCUGCUGACCGGGGCGCAGGGCAGGCAGGCGGGGGCCUCCCCUCCUCUCUCUCUCUCUGUCUCUCUCUGUCUCUGUGUCUCUGGCCUGCCAGGCCCCCCCCUCCGGAGCUGGCCCCCCGUGGCGCCAGCAGCUGGAUAAAGCCCUGGAACUCUC